AUGUUGCUGUCUACAGUAAUUCCCUCUACAUGUGUUCUGCCAGGCUACUUCUCUCUCCCAGCACAUGCAGAACGUGACGACAUAAUCGACCACUUCUUUCAUCUGGGUCUGGGUUACAGCGCGAUCUUGAUGUGUUUGUUUCUUUUGCACGGCAUUUGCUUAAGUAUUCGUCAACUAAAGCGAAUACUGAGAUGUCGUGGUCUUGGAAGAAGAGCUAAUAGGACUGAUCCACGGCAGGUUUGCGAAGCUAUCGAGGAGGAACUACGAGGCAAUGGUAGCACUAUUGGGUAUAGGCAAAUGACUCAGAGGCUGGUAGUUGAUCACGGGCUAGUUGUUGGCAAAGAGACAGUUAGAGAAUUGAUGAAGAUAUUCGAUACUUAUGGUGUGUCCGCAAGA